AUUAACAAGAUAAAAUACAUAAAUAUAUAUACACACACAUCUCGGGAGUAGCAAGUCCCCCACUAACUGCUAGCGUAAAACUUAUCAUAAAGCGAUAUCGAGAGACUUUUCAUGCUCCGUCAAUCCACGGCUUAUUAUCUCAAAUUCGCUGCAUUUAAUAACAGUGCCAUUCAUCAUGUUAGCGUUCUAUGGUAUGGAAAUCUCUCUCCCCGACGUAAGCUGGCUUCUAUUCAGCGUAGAAACCUCCGGAGGUGCUCACGCACUACUUUCACAGCGGAGUGCGAACGACGGAGAGAUGGUAAAUCGUCUAUCAGAUGCAUAGAACGACCCGGAUAAAGAUAACGGAGUUGAACCCCCACCUGAUCUGCGUGCUGUGUGGGGGGUACUACAUAGAGGCAGCGACCAUAAUAGAAUGUCUCCACUCCUUUUGCCGUACAUGUAUUGUUCGCUACCUGGAAUCAAGCAAAUACUGUCCGAUUUGUGAUGUCAUGGUGCAUAAAACCAAACCACUACAGAAUGUAAAAUCAGACAAAACGCUACAGGACCUUGUGUACAAGUUAGUUCCUGGGCUAUACAAAAGUGAGAUGAAACGCAGACGUGACCUGUACAAUGCCCACCCAGAAGCAACUCAUCAUUGCACUGGGCCGAGCGAGGAGAAGGGCGAUGAAGAUCAAGACCGACUCAUCUACACGUACGAUGAAAAAAUCAGCCUAUCGCUUGAACUCUACUCCGAAUGCGUUCCGGAAGAAGUUCUUGGUACUUAUAAAGAGGAGGAUAAUCCCGACAGAAUGAAGAAAAGGGAUGUACGGUAUCUGCAGUGUCCAGCGGCUGUGACCAUUGGUCAUCUCAAGAAAUUCAUCCGGAUGAAAUUUGACCUGCCAUCACGCUACAAGAUCGACAUUUUUCACUCGUUUGAACCUUUGGAUGACCUAUUUACCUUGAUGGACGUAGCAUAUAUUUACACAUGGAGGAGGCAAUCGCCCUUAAGACUUGUAUACACUGUGUUCGAAUUGGCCAGAAACUACAAACGAAAAUGCGAGGAAGUGCAGACCCCAUGCAUGGAGAAACACGCAUCCGUCCAAGAAGACCUUCCGAAGGACACGCCAGUUGGGGAAAGAGACGCAUCCCCUAUGGAAGCAGCCACCGAAGCAAGUCCUCCGUCACAGACGACGCCGACGCACGCGUCCGCGCCCGCGCCUGCACCGACACUGUCGCCUGUGACGCGAGAUGAGACACAGCAUUCAAAAGAAUCUCCAUUACCAUUGAAACAGAACGAGAAAGACCCCCCGCAAAAGGAAGCGAGUGCUCCGGUUAUCAAGAAAAAUACAUCUAAAUACAUGGACCGAUUAUCAUAUCAGGCACCCACUUCUGUUAGCAAAGGACUCUUGAAUAAACACACAUUAGACAGUGCUGGAUUCAAACCUUUGGAAGACGUUAACAGUUUCAGCAACAAUGGCGGAAGUGUUUAUGACUUUAACGAUGGCCGAGAUAGUCCUGUUUCAGCGUUCACAGCGCCCUCUGUUGGCGAUGGUGAAAACGGUAGUAGAGGGGCUUUAAAACAGACAUCGGGAAAGAAGAGGAAGAUAGGCAAUGGUAAACUUUCGUAUAUAGCUGAUUCGCGCUUACAGGACAAAGUUAUCUCUAGUAAGACAAAAGUUACGAAAGAUUUUACAAAAACAAACAAACCACCAAAGGAAAAGAAACAAGGCUUGUUCGAUAUCAGGGGGAAAGUGAAAUCAUCCAAGUUCAAUGGAAUUUAUACUCAGCAUGUGCUGAACGGACACGUCGGUAACUAAGUCAUGGCUGUGUGUAAUGGUAGAUUCAAGAACCAUGCCCUGUGUGAUUUAAUGAAAGAUGAAGAGCAGCUAUAUAUUCGGAUCAAUCGUGCUUAUGCUAUGAGGAAAAAGUCUUUAAUGUUAUGUUGAAAAUUCCUGGUUGGAUAUACGUUUCAGUUUCCGCGGGAUUUUUGUGAGGAUAUAUUUUUUGCACAUUCAUCAUUUCGAUUUAUAUCAUUGUUUAAUUUUCGUUACCUUGUUUUGAAUGCUUUGAAUAAUUCUUACUAGAUUUCAACCUGAGGAAUUUCACAAUCAAUUUUGGAUUUCUUCGCGGAAGUAGAUCUUGGAUAUAAACUUGAGAAACAUUGGCAGCAACUGGACCAAUCCUGUUAAGUUUUGCUUUGCAUGGCUGUUCUGUUUAACCUCCUUAUUUCAAUAUUAUUGCUAGUGCUAGACAUAUUCCUCGAACCCUCUGGACUACUCAUGAAAGCGACAACAAUAACUUGACGUCAUAUUGUAAUGUUGCGAAUACUGCAAUUCAAAUCUGAUCCUUCAAAAUGAAGCAAAAAGAAAAAUGAGUAGUCAACUGUCUAUCAUAAGAUUCUGUUCACGCCUAUGUUGAGCGAUGUAACUAACCUUUCAUGAUUUUAUCAUGAGCAGGAAUUUAUUUCUCUACACAUAUACUUGAUUUGUGUUGAUAAAAUAAAAGGUGGGUCAAUUAAAAAUAAAACCUACGAUUUCAAAUAUUUUUUUCGCUUUUUUAGGAUCUUUAUUUUGUAUCAGGAGAUACAUUUUUUCCCAUAAAAUACUUAAAACAUCAACCAAAACAUCAUUUUAGUGAAACCAAUCAUUAUUUUUUACUUUCCAUAUACAACGACCAAAGAUUUCUUUUACAUUUCAUUUAAUGCCCGAAGUUGAAUAAAAAUUAUAUCAAUUAUUUGAUGGCGAUACAAUAUUCCAUUUUCAAACCAUACUCGGCUAUUUUUGGGCUAUUUAUAUACAUAUUUACAGUUAAAACGUUUUUAGAAUCUUCUUAUUUCAUUUUACAUCCCAUAGUUUAUUUCAAUGUCCAAUCUCUCGCUUGUCUUUCGUUAAAAGCAUUAAUCGUCAUCAAACGUCUGCUGGACAAAUAGUAGCACGACAUAACGUGCACGUUCAGAUGUCUUCAUCUUGUCCUGAGCUACUGCCCCUAAGGUAUAUAUAACAAUGACCAACUGUUAGAUGAACCUGUUAAUGCAUUGGUGAAUGAAGUAAGGUGUUAGUUACCGCAAUGCUGUCCGAAAUUACUUAUGUUAAAGAUAUAUAAGUGAAAUAAGUACCAUCAACAAACUUAAAUCUUAAACUACAUAUUUCAACGCUGUACUGUAUAUGUAAUGUCAAGGAAAUGAGACCAAAAUUAUCCAAACCGACGACACUAAUGGGAAAUUUGGUGAUGUCGUUCUUUUGUUUACUAUAGAGUGUCGAAUAUUUUAGUGAAGACCUUAAAAUGCAUUUAAUAGCAUCGUGGUAGGUACGUCAUAUGUAAAGCAGACCACACUGCGGUCUGUGAUAACAUUAUUAUUAAAAUAUAACUAUAGCCAAAGGCCCUUACGACAUCAUGCUGCUACCAAGAAAUACUUUUAACAACUUAAGCUUUUGGUUUCCACCUGUAGAGUUUUUACCUGUUCACUGCACAUGUCGGCAUUCCGAAAAUUCUUUCAUUGUCAUAGACAGAUCAAUUUUCUUUGAAGUACCUUUUUAGAGCAUUUUAACGAUAGCUGCGUUAUAAAAUGGAACGAAUGCCACCCGGGAUGGCUAUUUAUAGAUAAAGGACCAAAACAACGCUCCAUAUAGUGAGAAUGGUCUGCGGUUUUAGAACGUAGAUUUAAUGUUUUGCUGUAAUGGGGGUGGUAUAAAACCUGAAGUGUUUUUUAUCUAUCUUACUGGUGCUCCAUCACCUGGAUAUCAUAGGUAAUAUUCGUUUGAAAUGAAUAUGAUAUACAUAUGUAUUUAUGUUUCUAAGAUCAGUGUUACGAGGUUAAACUGAAAGUGCAUAUUUCAGAAUUUUUUUCUAGGUCAUAACAAGAUCAAUAAUACUCGCGCCCUAUAAACAAUUUUCUAUUAAACACCAAAGGUGAUUUCAACUAGUUCUUAUAGAUAUGUCUGGCAAUGAAAGGGUAAAAAUUGCAAAGAAAUUUAUGAGAAAAUAUGUUAUGAAAUACGGACAUAACUCGAUGAACAGUUAAUAGAUUUUACUUUUAAUGAAUUUACUGAUUUAAUAGAAUGACAUGUUAAUAAUAUCAAAGUUUACUUGGUAUUUAAUAGAUUUAAAAAGAAGAUCUGUUUAUGAAAUUAUCAUAGUUUCCUUAUCAAUUCCAAGCGAAAUGUAAUGGAAGGUUACACAAAGCGAGAACAUUUCAUCAUAACUAAAUGUUGUUCGAUACAAUAUACCGCAUUUAGUUUGUGCUCUGUAUAUUUGACUUUUUAUAUUGCUUCAUUCUGUGUUCAAAUAGCACAAGUAGUGCUUAUAUAUUUCAGUACAUGCAAAAUUGCUUUUGUGAUGAAAUACGCUGCUGACAACUUUGUGAUGAAAAACAACACGUGGUUAUUCUAAUCAUGAUUAUAUAUUCUUUUUUACGCUUUCUCGCGGACCAAGAUAUUUUAUGUGAAAAUAUGAUUUUAUGUUUAAGGUUGUAUGGUUGGUGUUGUUAAAUGAUUCUUUGUGAUGUUUUUCCAUUUGAUAUUUGUGUUACAGAAUACUUUGCAAGCUGUUUUAAGUCACGUGAAUACUUUGCAACAUGUUUAUAUCACGUGAUAAAUCACAUGAUCUUUGUAUUUCUUAAUGUUAAUGUUACGUGAAGUUAAAAAUUGUGACGUAUCUGUUAUUCUGUGUUCAUCACGUGAUUUACCAUGAAGAUCCCAUGUGGUGCUAUACGUCAUUCGAUUUAGACAUCACAUGACAUUAGUGUAAAGUGAUAUAUUAGUUGGCACUUGGCUAAAUCGUCAUGUGAUGUAUAUCUCACGUGAUACUUCAGCUGUAUUUCAAAUCACGUGGUUUGUAAUGUGAUACUUUGUAUUUUACGUUAUAAGAUGUGUAAUGUUCACAAGGACAUAAAUGUAAUUAAAGAAAGAUGUGGUGCCAAUUUCGAGA